ACCGACCUGAAGACAAAACGGAAGCAAAACGUUUUCCCUCUAGCAACAAUUUUCUUUGCAGUUUCAAGACUCGUCACCCCAGCAAUGGGCGGCGCCAUCAUUGAAACGGGCAAACUUUUCCUUUAAUCAAAGAACGGUUCACAAAAAGGAAAGUGUCCAGCUAUAGCUUCUAUAAAUAUUCAGAACCUGCCCCUGGUUAAACAUAUAUACUGUAGAGCGAGAGUCUCUUGUGUGAAAAUCGCUCAAAUUAAGAAUGUGCCCAUAGUUAAGAUGGCCGCCGGCUUACACCGAUGACGUCAUACGUGCUUCCAGCAAGCAGGAAGUCGUCCUGUGGAGGAGGAAAAGGGGGGCGGGGCCUUGGCAAGAGUGAUUGAGGAGCCGGUAACCGUGAGUAGAAAUAUGGAGGCAUUGUCCCUUUUCCUGGUGAUGUGCCUCAGUUUCUCCUCCGCGAGCGCGGACUCCAAGGCUGUGACCACAUCCCUCACCGCAAAGUGGCCGUCUACAUCCCUGCUACUGGAAGCCAGUGAAUUUCUGGCUGAUGACGGCCUGGAUACAUUUUGGACGUUUGUGGAUGAAAACCAACAAGUGGAUUUUUCAGGUUCGGAUUCUACUAGCUACGAUCUGUUGCUGAAAAGAGCCGCUCGCCUCCUCUCUCCCGUCCAGCAGAAUCUGUUGAAGUUUGCGCUGUCUCUGCGCUCCUACUCAGCCACCGUCCAGACCUUCCAACAGAUUGCAUCAGACGAGGCGCCCCCUGCAGGCUGCAAAGCUUUUAUAGUGGUUCAUGGGGAGAAGACCUGUGAUCUUGACAAGUUGCCAUCACUUCUCAGUGGAGCUCUGGAAAGGCCAAAGCCUUUCCUUUUUAAGGGCGAUCACCAGUAUCCCGGCUCAUCCCCUGACAGUCCUGUCGUCAUACUCUACGGUGAAAUCAGCACCAGAGAAUUUUCACUCUUCCACCAACAUUUGUCAGAGAAGGCGAGAGCAAGGAAGAUUAUCUAUGUCCUGCGGCACUAUGUGGAGAAUCCAGGGACAGAAAAGGUAUUCCUGUCAGGUUAUGGAGUGGAACUGGCCAUUAAAAGUACAGAAUAUAAAGCAAAAGAUGACACACAGGUGAAAGGUAACAAUGUAAACGCCACCGUGGUUGGGGAUGAGGUGGACGAGGUUCAGGGUUUCCUCUUUGGAAAACUCAGACAGCUAUAUCCAGAGCUACAAGAGCAGCUGAAGGAGCUGAGGAAACAUCUGGUGGAAAGUACCAAUGAGAUGGCGCCAUUAAAAGUGUGGGAGCUACAAGAUCUCAGUUUCCAGACGGCAGCUCGGAUCCUAGCGGCCCCUUCCUCUGAGGCUCUCCAGGUUAUGAAGGAUCUGAGCCAGAACUUCCCUACUAAGGCGAGGACAUUAACAAGGACUAGAGUGGAGGCGGAGAUGAGAAUGGAGGUAGAGGAGAACCAAAAGUACUUUAAGGGCACCCUGGGGCUACAGCCUGGAGACUCGGGACUGUUCAUUAAUGGACUGCACGUCGAUCUGGACAGUCAGGAUAUCUUCAGCUUGUUUGACGUAUUACGCAAUGAGGCUAGGGUGAUGGAAGGCCUCCACCGCUUGGGUAUCGAAGGCUCCGCUCUCCAUAAUGUCCUCAAGCUUAACAUCCAGCCGUCUAACUCAGACUAUGCCGUGGAUAUCCGCAGUCCUGCUAUAUCGUGGGUGAACAACCUAGAGCUGGAUAGUAGGUACAACUCGUGGCCAUACAACCUACAGGAGCUGCUCCGACCCACCUUCCCCGGAGUCAUUCGACAAAUACGCAAGAACUUCCACAACUUUGUUCUGUUCAUUGACCCUGAGCAGGAAUCGACCUCAGAGCUGAUAAAUGUAGCGGAGAUGUUCCUCAGCAACCACAUACCAUUGAGAAUCAGUCUGGUGUUUGUGGUGAAUGAUGAAGAAGAGGUGGAUGGUUUCGAAGAUGCAGGCGUUGCUCUACUAAGGACUUUCAACUACGUCUCAGAUGAGGAGGAUAACUACGACGCUUUCCAGAUGAUUGUAUCGAUCUACAACAAGGUGCGGACCGGUGAAAAACUAACAGUGAAACACGUAACUAGCGUCCUGGAACAGAAGUAUCGCUAUGUGGAGCUGAGCAGCAUUUUGGGCCGAGAUUCUGCAUAUGACCAGAAUAGAAAGGAGGGGAAGGAGUACUUCCUGCAGACUGGACUGUCCCCGCUCCCUGUGGUUCUCUUCAAUGGAAUACCGUUCCCCAGGGACCAGCUUGAUCCGGAUGAAUUGGAGACCGCCACUAUGCACAAAAUCCUCGAGACAACCACCUUUUUCCAGAAAGCCGUAUAUCUGGGGGAAGUGACAAACGACAAUGACGUUGUGGAUUAUAUUAUGACUCAGCCUAAUGUUGUCCCCCGGAUUAACCUGCGUAUCCUAGAAGUGGAACGUCAGUACUUGGACCUCACGGCCACCAAUAACUUCUUUGUGGAUGACUAUGCCAGAUUUAGCAUACUGGAUUCCAAUGCUAAGAGUGCAGCCAUAGCCAACAGUAUGAACUACCUCACUAAAAAAGGAAUGUCCUCCAAGGAGAUAUAUGAUGACUCUUUUGUUAGACCUGUCACAUUUUGGAUCGUGGGAGACUUUGACAAACCCUCCGGACGCCAGCUUUUGUAUGACGCCAUCAAACACCAGAAAACCAGCAACAACGUAAGAAUCGGCAUGAUCAACAAUCCCAUCGAGGAUAUGUCUGCAGAGAACACACGUAUCGCCAGGGCUAUCUGGGCCGCCCUUCAGACCCAGACCUCCAACAACGCCAAGAACUUCAUUACCAAAAUCAUCAAGGAAGAAAACGUCAGAGCGCUGGAGGCGGGACAGGACAUCGGCGAGUUUGCGGUUGGGGGAAUGGAUGUCGGUCUUUUCCGUGAAGCUUUUGAUUCUACAAAGGUGGAUUUCAUACUCUCCCACGCCGCAUACAGCCGCGAUGUCCUGAAGCUCAAGAGAGGAGAGAGAGCCAUUAUUGGCAAUGGAAGGAUUAUCGGACCACUGAGAGAUGGUGAAAUAUUCAAUCAGGAUGAUUUCCACCUCCUGGAGAACCUCAUUCUGAAGACGUCUGCGCAGAAGAUCAAGUCACACAUCCAGAAGCUUGGAGUGGAGGAAGAUCACGCCAGCGAUCUGGUCAUGAGAGUGGAUGGUCUUCUGUCUUCUCAACCAAAGGGUGAAGAAAGAAUUGACUACCAAAUUACUGAAGACCAACACAGUGCCAUUAAGAUACGACCUAAAGAAGGCAUGAUGUACUUUGAAGUGGUGGCCAUUGUGGAUCCUGUAACAAAAGCAGCACAGAGGAUGGCGCCUUUACUAAUGGUCCUGAAUCAGAUUGUAAAUAUGAACUUGCGAGUGUUUAUGAACUGCCAGUCCAAGUUAUCGGAAAUUCCUCUCAAGAGCUUUUACCGCUACGUCUUGGAGCCAGAGAUUGUCUUCACCGCCGACCACAAAUUAUCUCCCGGUCCUAUUGCCAAGUUUCUGGAUAUGCCCCAGUCCCCUCUCUUCACCCUGAACCUGAAUACUCCAGACAGCUGGAUGGUGGAGUCGGUGCGGACGCCUUAUGACUUGGAUAACAUCUAUUUGGAGGAGGUGGACAGCAUAGUAGCAGCGGAGUUCGAGCUGGAGUAUCUGUUACUGGAAGGACAUUGCUUUGACGUCUCUACAGGACAGCCACCUCGUGGACUGCAGUUUACUUUAGGGACAGCGACCAAUCCUGUGGUUGUAGACACCAUUGUCAUGGCUAACCUUGGUUAUUUCCAGUUAAAAGCUAACCCUGGCGCAUGGGUUCUCCGACUCAGGAAAGGCCGAUCUGAGGAUAUCUAUAAUAUAUACAGCCAUGAUGGAACAGAUUCUAUCCCUGAGGAUAAAGAAGUAGUUGUCGUUCUCAAUGACUUCAAGAGCAAAAUCAUCAAAGUGAAAGUUCAGAAAAAGCCAGACAUGAUGAAUGAAGAUCUACUUAGUGACAAGAUGACUGAGAAUGAAUCCGGCUUCUGGGACUCCCUUACUUGGGGACUGGGUGGAGGGCAGAAGCAAGAGGAGGUGAAACAAGAUAAAGAAGAUAUCAUCAAUAUUUUCUCCCUGGCCUCUGGACACUUGUAUGAGCGCUUCCUCAGAAUAAUGAUGUUAUCUGUACUGAAGAAUACAAAGACUCCAGUGAAGUUUUGGUUUUUGAAGAACUAUCUGUCUCCUACUUUUAAGAACUUUAUCCCUUACAUGGCAAAGCAGUACGACUUCCAGUAUGAAUUGGUCCAGUAUAAGUGGCCCCGUUGGCUGCACCAGCAGACCGAGAAGCAGAGGAUCAUCUGGGGGUACAAAAUCCUCUUCCUGGAUGUGCUCUUCCCACUGGCUGUGGAUAAAUUCCUCUUUGUAGAUGCUGAUCAGAUUGUGCGCACCGACCUUAAGGAGCUAAGAGACUUCAACUUAGAUGGCGCCCCCUAUGGAUACACCCCGUUCUGUGAUAGCCGGAGGGAGAUGGAUGGGUAUCGAUUCUGGAGGUCCGGGUACUGGGCCAGUCAUUUGGCCGGACGGAAGUACCACAUUAGUGCUUUGUAUGUAGUGGACCUGAAGAAAUUCAGGAAAAUUGCUGCAGGAGAUCGACUCAGAGGACAGUAUCAGGGACUGAGCCAGGACCCCAACAGUCUCUCCAAUCUUGACCAGGAUUUGCCAAAUAACAUGAUCCACCAAGUGCCUAUCAAAUCGCUUCCCCAGGAGUGGCUGUGGUGCGAGACGUGGUGCGAUGAUACAUCCAAGAAAAAAGCCAAAACUAUAGACUUGUGCAAUAACCCAAUGACCAAGGAGCCAAAGUUACAAGCCGCGGUGCGUAUAGUCCCAGAAUGGCAAGACUACGACCAAGAAAUCAAGAGGUUGUACAGUCGUUUUCUGGGGGAGACUUCGGGUAUUCUGCCAGAUCAGCCUGAUGUCACAAGGCAGCCGGAUACACAAGAUCACGAGCCACAUGAAGAUUUAUGAUUCACAGACUUCUUCAGGGAAAAAAAAAAUUGGACUCAAUUUGGACUUUUUUUUUUUUUUAAACAGAAGUUGAGAGAUUAUUGGGAAUUUUACUUUCAUUGAUUUUACAGAAUGUCUGCAAAACUGCUGAAUGGUUUGAUAGGUUGCGGUAUUGGGGUAUUUAUAUAUUUUGGGUUAUGAUUGUAUUUUUUUCCCACCUUAAGGAGACAAAAAAAAAAAAGAGACUAAAAAAACAAAAAACCCACAAGCUAGGUGAAAAUUUUUAGAUUUCAGAUGUUCCCGCCCCAAAAACCCGCUUAAGUGAUUAAACCACUGAAACCUGGUAAAAUGUGUUUACAGGAAUUUGCUUUAUCUGUAUGUUCAGGGAAGUUAAAAAAUGAUCUCAUGUCUUUUCAUGGCUCCGAUGUGUCCGAAACUGAAAAUGAAGAAUUUUGCAAUAAUUUUAGUGUCUGCAGCUCCUGCGCAGACCUAUGUGUCACCAUGGCAACAGACUACAAGCUAACUUUAUGUAGUCUGAUCCUGCCGUUGUCCACUAAUAAGCGUUCCUGUCAUUUGGAAAACAUUUGAUACGUCAAAAGCUUAGAUCGCAUCAGGUCUCAUUUCUGAGACUUGCUGCGAUUGCCAGUCACGACCUGGUAAAGUAUGCGGCGACGCGCUUCACCACCUGGCCUACUCAUUCCCUCCAUGGUAGUUUAUGCGGAAGAGUCAGGUUUGAUUGACAGCCGGUAAGGGAAGCCAGGCACUAUACAGACUUAUGACUAGCUCUGGACUUAAAGGGGUACUCCGGUGAAAACCUUUUUUCUUUGAAAUCAACUG